CUGGUCUGAAGGUUCAACAACUUCUCAUGUUCAACAAUUCGUGGACAGAGCGAAUUUUAAAACAUUCUAUGAAAGUCUUUUUGUUCAUUAUAAUCAAACUGUCAGUCCAAUGCUGACAACCAUCUUUCAAAUGAUUAAUUUAGGUAAUUCUUCUUUCGGCGCUCCUGGACAAAUGGUUUUUGUUGACCUUCAGGGACCUUGA